AUGGAUAAGGCUUGGGAGGGAAGGCCUUGGCAGCUGUCAGGGAAUACACUCCAAUUGAAGCCAUGGGAUGAGCGCAUCCGACCCCAAAAUAUCAACUUCGAUUUGGCGGAUUACUGGGUUCAGGUACAUGGAAUUCCAGAUCAUAAAAGGUCAGUCAACAACAUCGAAUCUGCAGUGGCAAUGUUUCCGAAGAUUCACGGCAUCGACAUGAGGGGACUUAACCCGGAUAGAUAUAUGGAGUUUGUUCGGGUGUUUGUCCAAACUGAUCUCAAACGACCUCUUCCCCCGGGAUCUUAUUGCACUACUGAUGGGGUGAGAGAUUGGCUUGGGUUCAGGUAUGAAAAACUCUAUAUUCUGUGCUACUACUGUGGUCGCCAAGGCCAUGUGAAACAAGUGUGCCAGAAGAAGAAAGAAGAUCUUGAGGCAGGGAUUGCAGCUCCACCAGAAGGGCGGUUCACGCCAUGGAUGAAAGCUGGAACAAGGGCGGAAAGACCUCCACCGCCACCGAGAGGAAGGGUUAUCCAUCAAUCGCCAGGAGAUGCAGGGUCGAGCUCCGGGUCUCCAGGAUUUGUGCAACACCAUAUCUGGGUUUCUGGUCGUGAUUCUCCGAUGACCGGAUCGGUCAGUUUGGGGCUGCCGGCAACACCAUCAGAGGGAAGCCCAGGGAUGGGAAUUCGAGGCCCCCCGGGAUUCACGCCUCACCCUUUUCCAACGGGCAUCUCUUCGCUCAGCCCAAGGAUGUCCCCAGGAAUCGAUGAACAACGGCUCCAAAAUCUGACUCACAGCCAAAAUCUAAUCAUCUAUGGAUCAAUCCCGAGAAGUCCUUCUCCUUCUCCUAACUAUACAAUUUCAACAAGAAAUCCCCUUCCCUUGGUAAGGAAUCUCACGUCUGAGAUGGAAGGAGCAGGAAAGUGGGCCAGUGACUCUCAUCAUCAUAAUGGCUCUCAAAGUGGGCCUAGUCAAGCCCAAAUGGAGCAAGGAAGGACUUCAGCACAUCAGGCCCAUCUCUUAUCUCAAGCAAAUUCGGGCCAGGGCCUGGUCUCUCAAAUGCUGCUGGAUCUUAACAGGAAGAUGGACCUGAAUCUCAAGCCCAAUGACUUUGAAUAUACAGAUUAUGUGAAGCAGAUGGAAGAGGGACAAGCAGAAUUUAAAAAAAGGAAGCAUGGUCAACCGCUUGAUUUUGAGGGGCCAUACUUCUCACCUGGGGAAGGGCCGAGCAAACCACGCAACGCAAGGAUUAGAGUUAAAGGAAGGAAGGUCCAGCACACCCAGGAGAAGGAAGAUUAUGGAGAUGAUGAAGAGGAUUAUCAAGGUAAAUUGUCUGAAGCGCCGGUGGCCGGCUAUAAGCCACCCGAGGGUAAAUGA